GGGUAAUCAGCGACGAAUAGGAUUAAAUGUCGUCCAGCCUGUGCCUCUCAAGACGGUUUUUAUAGCUGCAUUAUCCACGAGUGCAUACAAGACCGCCCAGGAGGAUUCGUCAUGGCUCGAGGGCAUGUUUUACGCGGAUACUCCCAUCAUUCACCAAGGGACAACGCAUCGUGUCCACAUCGCAGGCACUGGGGUCCUGGAAUACGAAAUCGUCAUGACGGAACCUGUUAUGCAAGGAUAUGUUUCUGAAGGAGAAACCGAGCUCAUCCUUGUCAUGAAGAUGGCGGACGACCUUGAUGCAAACAGUGCGAUGACGAAUGGUGACCUUGGCUUGGACGACCCAGCAGACGGCAGCUCUGAGGAAGAGGAUCUGUCCAUAGACGAGCGAUUCCUAGCUGGUUCCGUGCUCAUGCUGCCUGCAGUUGCUUCAUCAAACCAUCCAGAGGGCCCCGAGAUAUUACACGGACAGGUCGCGGGAAGCUCGUCUUCAGUGCAAGCACAGUCGUUCCUUGCGCGUCCUCUACAAGAAUCAUCUUCGUCUCUUGAGGAGGACUUCACUGUGUAUCUAAAUAUAUCGGCCUUGAGCAGAGUGGGGAUUCUAGAGGGCGAUUGGGCAGUAGCUCAUGAUCGAAAAGGCGAGAAUCUCCGGCUCGUUCGUGUGCGAUGCUCGGACGAUCUGUCGAUUUCCGCCACGGUCGUCAAGGCAUCUCCCCUGCUUCUACACAAUAUUUCCACGCGCAAAACUCCUGCAAGCUCUCAGCAGGUCUUCUUACGACCCAGCCCUUUCGGCAACCACAUGCCUCCAAUACCAACUGCACGCACGGUCACGAUCGCGCGAGUAGCGUCGCCGGCCUCUGUGUCCAAAACGUUACAACCGAUCUUUUUCCGCGGUCUGAAGGAGCACUUCGAUGGGAAGAAGAGGUUGGUGAAGCAAGGGGACCUCAUUGCGAUCCCCAUUUGUACAGACGCCGCCCAACACGAGCCUUACGUUUCUGGCGCCGAGCCUGACGCUGCCGAGGAUGCCAACCGUGCAAAGGACCCGUUACCCAUCGACGCGUCCGUUCCUAACGAGAUCGUAUACUUCGUCGUCACAAAUAUUGAAAACGACGUGCCGUCCGGCAUACAAUUCGAGUCUCCGGAUGCGUAUCUCGGCGCCACCGUCGGAGAAUUCGGCUGUUGGAUAGACACCUCAGUAACGCGAAUGGUGCAGACUGGCAUUGAGCAUGUUCGUGUCCCGGAUAUGUCGGUGUACCUCAGAACAGCGGCUGGCCCUGCAUCAAUACUCAAUGUCCUGCGUGAAGGUGGAGCGUCUCCUUUGCUAGGCAAGGACAGUGCCUUCAACAAGCUCUCCGCCCUAAUAUACGCCUCGCUCAUCGAGCAUGCCGCGCAUUUGAACCUACACCUCUCCAUCCUGCUCAAAGGUGCGCGAGGGAUUGGCAAGUUCACCACCGUAAGCUGGGUAGCACAGACUUACGGAGUGCACUUACUCGAGGUCGAUUGCUACCAAAUAAUCGGAGAGAACGACACUCAAACGGAGGGCACCUUACGGGCACGCUUCGAAAAAGCGGCCAUGUGCUCUCCAUGCAUCCUAGUUCUUCGUCACGUUGAUGCACUGGCUCAAACGACUCAGGCUCAAGAUGCAGGAAAAGAUCCAACUAUAACUGCAGCACUCAAUGACUGUAUCGAUAGCCUCAACGAGACUUGGAAAUUAACUGGGUACCCUGUCGUGGUCGUUGGUACCACCAGCAACCCAAACAUGGUUGCCACGCAUUUGAUGUCCUGUUUCAAGCACGAAAUUUCUAUGGAGGCUCCGGACGAAAGUGAACGAUUUGAGAUUCUGCGCUCUUGCCUCAGCAACCAUGCGGUAGCCCCGGAUGUAUCGAUCAACGAGCUGGCAACACAAACCGCCGCGUUGGUGGCUUCCGACCUCGUCGAUCUUGUCAGCAAGGCGAAGUCGAAUGCUGUCGAUAGGGCUUCCAGAGCAUGUGAUAACAAGGUGUCCUUGCGUGACUUAGUGUGCGCAGGAUUGAUUAUUACAUCUGCCGAUAUCGAUAAUGCAUUGGACAAAGCGAGAGCGUCAUACUCUGCCAGUAUUGGCGCUCCCAAAAUCCCCAAUGUAUCUUGGGACGAUGUAGGAGGCCUUGCCCACGUCAAGCGGGAAAUCUUGGACACUGUUCAGUUACCACUUGAGCAUCCGGAGUUAUUUGCGGACGGCGUCAAGAAACGCUCAGGUGUGCUCCUGUACGGCCCUCCUGGUACGGGAAAGACCCUGCUGGCAAAAGCAGUUGCGACCUCAUGUUCCCUCAACUUCUUCUCCGUCAAGGGACCGGAGCUGCUGAACAUGUACAUCGGCGAGUCAGAGGCGAACGUUAGACGGGUCUUUCAGCGAGCGAGAGAUGCGAAGCCCUGCGUGAUCUUUUUCGACGAGCUGGACUCCGUAGCGCCCAAACGCGGAAAUCAUGGUGACUCAGGAGGCGUCAUGGACCGUAUCGUCAGUCAGCUUCUCGCAGAAUUGGACGGCAUGUCUGGAGGUAAGCGCGGUGCCGAUGUUUUUGUCAUCGGCGCCACAAAUCGACCAGAUUUGCUGGACCCUGCACUACUGCGACCCGGCCGCUUCGAUCGCAUGCUCUACCUGGGCGUAAGCGAUGAUCACCGGGCGCAAGUGAACAUCCUUGAAGCGCUUACUCGGAAGUUCCGGCUGCAUCCGGAUCUGAACCUUGCCACCAUUGCGGAGCAAUGUCCUUUCAACUAUACCGGGGCGGAUUUUUACGCGCUUUGCUCAGAUGCGAUGCUGAAGGCGAUGACCCGUAAAGCCGAGGAGUUGGAGGCAAAGAUCGUUGUCGGAGCUCGUAUGAAUCAGGACGGACCGUUGAAGGGUCACCCAUUCCCUAUGGUUCCGCAGUACUAUCUGGCGGAACUGGCCACCCCCGAAGACAUUGACGUACUGGUCUCGGAAGAUGACUUCCAGGGCGCCCUGCAAGCUUUAGUCCCCAGCGUCAGCCAAUCGGAAAUGGACAAGUAUCGCGAGAUACAACGCCGUUAUUCGCAAGUCGAUGGGGCAACCACAGCAGUUGACGGCUGA